GUGAAGAGGAGUCGAGUCCAAUCGGAUCAAGACCAGGCCUCUGUGAACCUCUGUGAAACAGUGAAGAAGAACGAAGCACCAUGAGCACUGGAGUGGGUCUGUGUAUGCUGGUUCUGUUGGGCCUUGUUUUAGCCCAGGACAUCCAACCAGGUGUUCACAUCUUCUGCGAUGACCCGUCUGUUGAGAAGGCUGUUACCAGUGCUUUAAACACUUUCAAUGAAAGGUUGCACACCAGCUACAAGUUGGCCCUCUUUCAGAUAUUAACAGCCACCAAGUCAGAGAUCGGCUCUGAAUCGUUCUACUGGCUGCAGUUUUCCAGCAGGAGAAGUGACUGUCUGGCAGGAAGUCCCAAACCUUGGACAGAGUGCAACUAUCACCCUUAUGGACACAAAGUGCCGCUCUCAUGCAAUGCUACAGUCCUCGUGACAGAGACUGAAACAGACACAAAACAGGUCCACUGUGUCCUUGAUGACCAAAUCAUGCCAGAAAGAGCUUCCUGUCUGGGCUGCCCAAUGGCGAUUGACGAGAACUCAGAGGACAUUAAGGUUCCUCUAUCAGUCUCCAUCUCAAAGUUCAACUCCAACUCUAACUGUACACACCUGUUUAAUCUUAACAACAUCGGACAUGCAACAAGUCAGGUGAUGGCAGGUUUCAGAUUUAAACUGAGAUUUGACAUGAGGAAGACCAUCUGUGCCAAGGCUGAACACAAUGAACUCAGUGACUUGUGUGUGCAUGAUGAGGAGGAGAUGGAAAUCAUUAACUGUAAUUCCACAGUGGAUGUAGCACCAUGGAGACAUAUGGCCCCUCAGGUCAACAUAGAGUGUGAAGAAGGUCCUCUCCCUCCUCAGCCAUUCAGCAGGCGCCUGCCCCUGGGCUGGACUCCCUUUAGGGAUGCUAUGAAAGAAGGUCGUGUCAUCACGUCGGUAACACAAGGCAAAGAGGAAUCAUCCGAGGAGGACACAACAACCGCAUCGCCCACUUCAGAAGCUGCUCAUGACAACCCCUUUCACUGCCCAUCCAAGACAUGGAAGGUAUUCCAUCCCAUCCAUCCUGUGGCUCCCACCCUGGAUGUCUCACCUCCCACAAACAGCCCUCUCCGUGAUGAAGACCUGGCGUGAAUGCAUCAUCAAGGGAUCAUGCAUAAUUCAUAGUAAUCUCUUUCAUCACGUUCUUUUGAUAAUGGACUGUUUUGAAGAAAUAUCCUAACGCCACAAAGAGCACUGGAAACCCAAGAUAAGUGAGGUUUGAUUCCAAUUAGACAUGAAAUGUAAAUUAAUUUCAGUCCACUGAAUACAUUUAAAAGACAAAUAUUUGUACAUAAUACAACUGAAUACAUGAUAA